AUGGAAUUCUGUGCACAGAAGUUAUAUACAUAUAUGGGUAUAUCGGUGCAACAAAUCACAGCACAGGAGCCCCCUGGGCUCCCUCAGGCUCUGGUAUGACAUAUUUGAGCCAUAUAAAUUCAGCUUCUCCUCUGGCAUCUGUUAAUCGACUCACUUGCAACUCCACCUCAGCAGUGGUCUAAAGCAGGGAUAGAGUGCUGUGUGCUGAGAGACCAUGGCAAAGAAUCCUCCAGAGAACUGUGAGGACUGCCACAUUCUAAAUGCAGAAGCUUUUAAAUCCAAGAAGAUAUGUAAAUUACUUAAGAUUUGUGGAUUGGUAUUUGGUAUCCUCGCCUUAACUCUAAUUGUCCUGUUUUGGGGGAGUAAGCACUUCUGGCCUGAGACACCCAAAAAAACAUAUGACAUGGAGCACACUUUCUACAGCAAUGGAGAGAAGAAGAAGAUUUACAUGGAAAUUGAUCCCAUUACCAGAACUGAAAUAUUCAGAAGUGGAAAUGGCACUGAUGAAACAUUGGAAGUACAUGACUUUAAAAAUGGAUACACUGGCAUUUACUUUGUAGGUCUUCAAAAAUGCUUCAUCAAGUCUCAGAUUAAAGUGAUUCCUGAAUUUUCUGAACCAGAGGAAGAAAUAGAUGAGAAUGAAGAAAUUACCACAACUUUCUUUGAACAGUCAGUGAUUUGGGUCCCAGCAGAAAAACCUAUUGAAAACCGAGACUUUCUUAAAAAUUCCAAAAUUCUGGAGAUUUGUGAUAACGUGACCAUGUAUUGGAUCAAUCCCACUCUAAUAGCAGUUUCAGAGUUACAAGACUUUGAGGAGGAUGGUGAAGACCUUCACUUUCCUACCAGUGAAAAAAAAGGCAUUGAACAAAACGAGCAGUGGGUGGUCCCUCAAGUGAAGGUGGAGAAGACCCGUCACACCAGACAAGCAGCAAGUGAGGAAGAACUCCCAAUCAAUGACUAUACUGAAAAUGGAAUAGAAUUCGACUCCAUGUUGGAUGAGAGAGGUUACUGUUGUAUUUACUGCCGUCGAGGCAACCGCUACUGUCGCCGCGUCUGUGAACCUUUACUAGGUUACUACCCGUAUCCAUAUUGCUACCAAGGAGGGCGGGUUAUCUGUCGUGUCAUCAUGCCUUGCAACUGGUGGGUGGCCCGCAUGCUAGGGAGGGUUUAAUAGCAAGUCUGAGCUGGAGUGCUUAAAUUUCUGGCAGCCAACAUAUAACAAAUGCAUGCUAUUCAAUGAAUUUCUGCCUAUGAGGCAUUUGGCUCCUGGUAGCCAAUACUCCAGAAUUGCUUGUAGGUAAUUCUUCUCUUCAUGUUCUAAUAAAUUCCUACAUCAUCA